GUGGCCAAUGAAAAUGCUUUUUGAAGGCGACAUGACAUGCGCAUUAUACACUGUUGAUGACUUCGCUAGCUGUUUCGACCGAGCUUUGAAACAGGAUCGCUAAAAUAUAUUAAACAUAGUCUCCUUCGUUAGACACGACCAUGCUACAGUUUUUGGCUGGGUUUACCUUGGGGAACGUUGUUGGGAUGUACCUCGCUCAAAACUACGAGGUCCCCAACAUUUCCAAAAAGAUAGAAGCCUUCAAAAAGGAUGUGGAGGCAAAGAAGAAACCUCCAGCAGAGUGAAGAAGAGAUUGCUCAACAACAUGGAAAGAAAGAACCUGGGCAGAUUUGAAGAGGUGGGGGACUAUUGGAACAACAAGAUGCACACUGCAGAGGAUAUAUACCGAAUGUUAAUCUCAUUUCAUAUUUUCUAUCAUCAAAAGCAGUAUGUGUACUAAGGUUACACUGGCAGAGGAAUAAAUGGUAAAAAUGUAUUCUCUAAGCAGGGUUUUCACAGUGCCUGGACUGGACCAGUGUUCUUUUUGUUGUUUUGUAUUCUUAAAGUAAUUGGCUACUUAACAUUAUCUUGACAUGAUGGUGCUAUUUAUGAGUGUAUAUGCAAAGAUGACUAACUGCUGUGGGACAACAUCUACACUUCAGAAACCUUGGCGUUAUCCUUGCACGAAGCUGGGCAGGGCAGGCCUUAGCGUUCAUGUCUAAACAUGGCAUUUUUACCACAUGCGCUUGGCAUUUUUGACAACUAUACAGAGUGCAGUUACUGCUUUUGAGUGAUGUUAUCAUAUAAAUAGAAUUGAAUUGCGAGGCCUGUUCUAUGGAUUGUAUUUCUGUGGGUGUUAUGGUAUUGAGAAUGAGUAGCUCAUGUAAAUGGCAUUGUUUGCAAUUCUAAUCUAAAUGCUGCUCUCUUAACAUUGUAGGCCUCACUCAGCUGUUAAUACAUUUGCUGAAUAUGGUUCUGUCAUAAAUUGAAAAUAGGUGUUACAUCACAUAAGAUAAUGUUGUCUAGCAAGGGACCAAUCCAGUAAAAUAGAUUAUUUUGUAAGGCAGUUAUUCUAGCUCGCCAUGUUUUAUUCUUAACAUCCAUUAUCCAGAGAAGCAUUCUUUACACGCGUCACAGAAAUCUUUCCUGAGAGCAUCUGGGUAUGGUGUGCCAGUAGGCCAGCAGAGGUCAAUGUAUUCCCAUGUUCUUUCCACUGUUCUCUGUAAAUAACAACCAAUCCAUCAGAGGUAACCAGAGUUCUAUUUUGAAUUUGAACAGACUAGAUCAACUAAAAUCUACAUUAUAAUUAGGGAUUUAUUCCAUCUGUAAAGCUGAAGCGUUACAGAUUCUGCCAUAGAAAUGUAAAGGUCAUUUCCGAUUUAGCCAACAUAAGCAGCGUUUAGCAUGAAUGCAGUCUGAUAAAUCGGGAAUAGUGGCGUUUGCUUAGGGCUGGAAUGAAGCGUAAUUGUUGGAAGGGAGUUAAUGCAAUGGUAUCAAACGUGAAACCAGUCCAUUCCGGCCAUUAUUAUGAGCCGUCCUCCCCUCAGCAGCCUCCACUGAUCGGGAACAUCGCCUUAACAUUUCUAUCACGCUGAAAAGCUGGAUUUCCACCAUGCGGAUUGAAUAGAGCCGUACUAAACUGACAAUGUUUGCUUUGGUCUUGGCAAGGUUUGUGGUAGAGUCACUUUUUGUUUUUUGUUUUCUUGCCCUUCAUUCCUCCUGUUUUCUUUUUAGUUGACUUAGGCCAUCCAAAGCCUCGGAACGCCAGACAGUCAACUGCAUUGUGGGAAAUGUAGUAAACAUUCUGCAUGGCUGCUGGACUGAGAAUGUCCACUUCUGACUUGGUGGCUUUGGCACUGACUGAUCUCUUCUUGGAUGACCUCCUCUCUGCCUUUUUGACAGGCCUUUUUGACCUUGAUUUUCUGGAUUUUGUUGAUUGUGUAGGCUGCGGACAAACCAUUUGAUAAUCACUAUAGAUAACAUGGGAAAGUUAAUGUUUAGCAGUAUGUUUAGUAAUGUAGGCUACUUGCUCUACACUGCACCCUAGACCAGUGAUCAAUGUAUGCAACAACUGCAUCAAUGCUUCAAAAACUACAUCCAAUUUACUGUA